CGCCUUGGAAACAGAGGAGCAUCCGCGGCUCGGCUGGGAGACCCGCCCGUGUCACUUCCAACCACACUCGCGGACGCUGCCCGUUAAUGGCCGAGGGGAGUCCCGAGCUCGACCCGCUGCUGGCCUCUGCCUCGACCUGAGCCCCUGUGCGAGCGCUUCCGUGACCCAGGCAACCCGCAGGCACUUGCCGCUCUUGGCGCCCAGAGGGCGGAGCUGACACGGGUGCAAUUCAGGAGGCCAGCCCCUCCAGGCACCUCUCCCCCUCCCCGUACCUUCCCUCCACCUCGAGGCCGGGCUGGACCGAACCCGGAGCCGCCACCGCCCGCUUCUGCCAUUCAAUGGAGGACGGUCUGCUGGAGAUCAUGACCAAGGACGGCGGCGACAUGCCGGCACCUCUGGAGGUGUCCACAGUGCCGGCCGUGGGGGACGUGAUCUCCGGGGAGUACAACGGCGGCAUGAAGGAGCUGAUGGAGCACCUGAAGGCCCAGCUGCAGGCCCUGUUUGAGGACGUGAGGGCCAUGCGGGGGGCUCUGGAUGAGCAGGCCUCGCACAUCCAGGUGCUCUCGGACGACGUGUGCGCCAACCAGCGAGCCAUCGUCUCCAUGUGCCGGAUUAUGACCACCGCGCCCCGCCAGGGUGGCCUGGGCGUGGUCGGCGGCAAGGGGAGCUUCCCGGGCGCCCCUCAAGAGCCGGAGACCCCUUCGCUUGGGAUCGAGGACAGCGGUUUGCUGGGUCGCGAUCCUGAGGACGAGGAGGACGACGAUUCAGAAGAGAAGGAGAUGCCCAGCUCCGCCACACCCACUAGUCACUGUGAGCGCCCCGAGAGCCCCUGUGCUGGCCUCCUUGCGGGGGACGGGCCACUUGUGGAGCCCCUCGACCUGCCCGACAUUACCCUGCUGCAGCUGGAGGGAGAGGCCUCUCUGUGAGGACUCCGAGGGGGCACUACUUUCCCGGGCUGGCUUUGGGUUUCCGAGAGCAUGACGCGAGAGGACUGAACCGCGCGGUGCAGCAUGCUUCACUCCGACCGCUACUCUUGCGGGUCAGGCGGAAGAGACUCCCUGGAGGAAGCAUUUAUAGGGUGAAGGACUUUGGGAGCAUCAGGAAUUCUUUCUGCCUGACCAAGCGAGACGUAGCAAACUGCGGAAAGGUGAGGUUGCGGGAGAGAAAGCGCCCAUCUCUGGACUCCCAUCCAACCCCCUACCCUGCCCUUUCCCCCUCUCCAGCCAGCAGGAGAACCCCUGAAUUGUGUAAAUAAAAUUCUGCUUUUUCUAUUCUGAAAAAGGACUUAUCUAGGACUCUGGCAAAUAAUCUCUAACGAUUUACCUAGAAAUUAAGGAGUUGGGGGUAUUCUGUUCUGGCAACAGAAAAUUUACCCUUCUGAUGAAAUCCAAGCUAUUAAGCAUUCUGCAGAAGCCUCUCCCCCUCACAGAUCUCUGCGGCUGCUGAUUGGUAAAAGAAGCUUGAGGAGGGAACUGCAGCCCUAGGAGUCUGGGUGAAUGGGGUUCCAAGGGCCUCUGGGCUGGGAGGAGCUGACUAUCAAUGUGCAUGAAGACAUACAUAAUAGCUCAACCUCUAGGAUUUUGCAUGCAGAGUGGAUCCUGCCUUGUCACUGACUUCAUCUGGGAUUGCUUUAUCCAUUCACUGAGGCUUAGUGAACAAAGAGCCCAGUUCACAGGCAGAGACUUGGGGAUGCUCAGCAACAGCCCAGAUUUAGGGGACACUGAGGGGCUCUUGGGGGCCGCAGCCAAAAACUGUCUCUUUCCUGGCUAUACCUGCUUAACUUCAGUUUCCUUUUCCCGUCAACACUUCCCUGCCCGCUGCCUCUUGGUGCUGCCCCCAUAAUGUCUUGUGUGCGUUAUGUGUGUCGACCUGUGUAGUAGUGUGUGAGCCCUGAGGGGCAGGGCUUGUGGCUCUGGUGUUAGGUUCGGGGGCUUCAGACCCGUCUGUGAGGCCCAGGCUCUCACGGCGCUUUCCCCUCUCCUCUCCUCUUUCACCCCCACAACCAGGGCAUGGAGCAUGUGGCUGCCCUGAGGUUCCUAACUGACGUGCUUCCUUCCCACCUCCUCAAGUGGUGACUUUGUGUGCCCUUUCUCCUCCUCCGUGUAUCCCUUCUCAGUGCUUUCCUUGGUGUUAACCUUAAUAAAGCGGCGUCAUCUCCCCUC